UCGUGGUGAUACGCGCAGGCUACGGAGAAACACAAUAAUAAUAAUAAUAAUAAUAAUAAUAAUAAUAAUAAUAAAUGUGUAAGCUGCAUAAAAAAUGUUAUAGUCGUUCAUAGGAUCGUCGUCGUCGGUUAUCACGGACGGAAGUUGUCGCGAGCAAAAAAAACAAUACAACGAUCUGAUCGUAGGUAUUUGUCAUUGUCUCGUAUUGACUUGUUAUUUUCUAGUAAAUAUCUUACCGUUUUCCGCUCUCGCUGCUGCCGCCGCCGCCGCCGUCCGACGGACAACAGUACACCACACGCGCGAACGACUCGGAGACGACCGCGACGUCGUCGGUGGGCGACGCGACAUCCGGUCCUGGAAGACAUUUUUAUUUCGGGAGUCCACCGUUCAUUUUCUUUUUUUACUCUGAUGCGUUCCGGUGAGAUCGAUUGAUCCGUUUCUGAUAAAUGACGUGUUUGGAUUGACUUGAAAAUGGGACAAAAAGUGAGCAGCCUUGGCGAUGUGUUCUCUUGGAAGAAUGCUGACUCGUCGAAAAACAACGAUGGGUCGACGGCGGGAGCCAGGAACAAUCCGCGCGAGUACAGCCCCGCCGCAGCUUCAGUUGUACCCGUCUGUGCAGUGCACGGAGUCCCGGUCACAGGGAACCAGCAGCAUUUCGAGAACAUUUACGUUUCCAACAGUGACACGCCGUCCACAUCAGGCAACGACCAGAACGUGAACGGUUGCGAAGCGCCAGCAACGGCUGCCGGCGUAGAGACGGUGACGUCCAAGAACACGCAGUCGUCGUCAUCAAAGAGCACGACCGGUUCCAAGAAGCUCAACCACUGGGUGUUGCGUUUCAACUGCUCUCGUCCAAAGUCGAAAAGUAAGUGCUAUAACCCACCCGAAAAUGUUCCCGAGCCAAACGAAGUCAAGUGCGAGACGUGCGUGUGCACACGAUAUGAACGCACGGAAGAUAAUCAUCAUAUGGACAACGAUGAUGUGGUGUACGAUCCUUCUCCUGUGCCGGUCGAAGAUGAAGAGCAGAACGAAGAGGAUGAAACAUCUCAAGACAUGCUUGACUUUGAAGGUGCUUUCAAUGCUUUCAACGCGUUUGAAAGUCAUAGCCAGUUGGUAUUACCUUCAUUCGAUGAAGGCCUUAUGGAUCUGCAUUCAGAUAUAAGUGGCGAAGAAUUAUUUAUGAAUGAAGACUUUGAAGACAGGGCUUACAAAGAACGGGCCAAAGAAAUCCAAGAGGGUAUCGAACCACCACCAGGAUUCAGGCCUGGAUUACACAUACAGUUGGUAGAAUUUAGUUUGCCCAAAAUGACUAUAGACAAUUUAACCUCAUUAUUCCAUAGAGCUGCCCUUACAGCUUUAACUGCACCACAUGAUAUGGAUGACAGCCAUCGAAUACAUACAUCCAUAGACUACAUUCACUACUUAGUUCCUGAUCUACUUCAAAUCACAAAUUGUUCAUUUUAUUGGGGCAAAAUGGACAGAUAUGAGGCAGAAAAAUUGCUUGAAAAUAAACCCGAGGGCACCUUUUUACUUAGAGAUUCGGCUCAAGAAGAAUAUUUGUUUUCUGUAAGCUUCAGGAAAUAUGGUCGUUCUUUACAUGCACGAAUUGAACAGUGGAAUCAUCUCUUUAGUUUCGAUUCAAGGGAUCCUGGUGUUUUUGCAUCAUCUACAGUUUGCGGACUAAUAGAACAUUAUAAAGAUCCUACCUGUUGUAUGUUUUUUGAACCUAUGCUGACCAUACCGUUACAUCGAAAUUUCACAUUUUCUUUGCAACACACAUGCCGCGCAGCUAUUUGUAGUCAAAUUACAUAUGAUGAUGUCAAUCAAUUGAAACUUCCAAAAUUAUUAAAGGCGUACUUAAAAGAGUAUCAUUAUAAGCAACGUGUAAGGGUACGCAUAUUUGAUUCAGAAAAUUAAUCUCCUUUUUAUAAACUCAUUUAGUUAUAUAUAUAUUUUAUAUCGAUAUCCAUAGUUAUAUGAAUAGUUCUAACAUUAUUUGUAAUGCUAGAUAAAAUGUUAAUUGUUUCUUGUUUAAAUAAAAACAAAUUGGUACUAAUAUAAA